AUGUCUGCGACGGCGACUAUCAGUCCGCCAGCUCGUGAACUCAGAACUUCCUCUAUUUGUGGAUAUUUACAUCGGAUUGAAGUUCGUUCUAUUGGUUUGAUAACCCGCCGUCGCUACUGGUUUGCCCUCUGUGACUCAACACCGUACCUCUACUGGUAUAAAGACUCAGAUGACAUAAAAUGUAUAGGACGAGUCUCUUUGAGUGGUGCAGCAUUCACAUAUGAUCCGAAAGAAAAGGGCAGAUUUGAAAUUCACUCUAAUAGUGAGGUUAUUAUAUUGGAAUGCAGUUCGGAUAAGCAAAGAAACGAAUGGAUGAAAGCUCUUCAGAGUACACGAAAAAGAAGUUGGAAGACGGUGAAAUCCAAAUCAGAUUCAAGCCUCGAUAUAUCAUCACUGACUGGUCGUAACUCGUCUGCUGUUCUAGAAGAAUACUCUUCUCUUUCUCCUGUGCCACCUCCUAGAAGUCCGAAACCCAAAAAAAGAACACAAUUCACAAAUGAAGAGUCUACAGAAUCAACAGUGGAAAGCUCUGAAAACGAUGAAAGCGUAGCUGAAGAAGUCAGCAAAAUAGAAGAAGUAGAAUCUGAAGAACCACCAACACCGACGACAGAAAGUUCAGCAACGGAAUGGUACUUGCAUCCAAAUGGACAAUUAAAUGAGAGAUCUUUACAAAUGCCAAAGACGAUCGAAAGUCCAGAAAGUGUACUAAAGCGACUUGCCGAUCAAAGUAUUGAAGCACCAUUUCGAGCAAUUCGAAGAAAUCUAUCCAACUGGAAAGGCAGUAGACAGAAUACUGUAGAUGAACCUGUAACUAGUAGUAGAAAAUCAACUGCAUCAUCCACUUAUUUAUCACCAGAAGAAAAAGUGAUCGAGCUUUCUGAUAAAGUUUCAAGUCUAGAAGAAGUAGUGGAUUCUUUAAGAGCAGCACUUCUCCUGGCUCAACGGAAUAACGAAGCACUAAAAAAGAUUGAAGACAUGGGAGAGAAUAACGAGGAGAUGCGAGAAUAUCUUCUAGAAAAAGAACGACAAGUCACCGAACUACACAUCUCAAAUAGUAUAAAUGCACGCCGCGCUCGUGAUUUCGAAGAUCAGAAUCUGAAGUUGGAGGAUACGAUAAACGAUCUUCAACAGUCUGUGGAAGCUUUCCGAGAAUCACUUCGAACAAAAGAAGAACUGAUACUACGAAUGUGUGAAGAAGAUAAUCGAGAUGAUUUACUUGGAUCCAUGGCUGAUAGGAAUUUGAAUGUCUUGGCAGACGCAAACGGAUUAGUUUCGGAUGUUGAAGUUCCCGAAGGCAUUCUUGUUGAUGUGUCUUCAGUUGAUUGUGAAGAAGCAACUCGCAGAGUCCUGGAUGAAGAGAACGUUCGAGAUGUUGGUGAACUUCAAGAUCUUGUAGAAGGAUACCGCACCCAAAAUCAAUUUUUAAAUGCCGAAAUCGUCGAACUCCACGCUAUCAUCCAAUCGCUAGAGACAAGGGAAAAGAAGUUGAUUCGUCAAAACUUUGAUCUCGAAGCCUGUUAUUACCAACUGAAAAGUCGGUAUCUAAUGGUUCUGAAUCAUUUCAAGUCCCCAACGAAACCAGGGAAAAGUAAGUAUUUGAACAAUGAUCUCGAUAAAAACCCUUUGGUUUCAGUAAUGGAGCCUGGCGUUCUAAAAGAGCUUCUCGAAGAAUCGGCAAGAACUCCAAGAGAAUCUCAACAAAACCUGACCGACCAACUUGGAUUCUAUAAAAAAGAUGACUUCUCAGCCAGCGAUGACCUUCUUGAUACUGCUACAUUUUAUAUGAAAAAGGCCGGAGAUAUUGUAGAAGCAACGAAACUGGAACAGUCGGAAGAGUAUAUGAAAUGGCUGCAAUCAUGGGAUUCAUUCCUUGUCAAUAAUACAGUAUCCCGUCCGAUCGGAAUAAUGUCUUCUCCUGAUUUAAAAACUUUGAUACGAACCGGAGUGCCACCAGCUUACAGAGGUCGUGUUUGGAAAAGUAUAGUGACUCAUUGGGUGAAAGAUAAACAAGCGGAACUGGGAAAUGGAUACUAUCAAAGUAUGACCAAGAAAGCGAGCACUAAAAAGCAAGACGGCAGUUAUGAUGCGGCUAUCAAACAGGUUAACAUUAUUGACCUUGAUCUCGCGAGAACUCUUCCCACCAAUAAACUCUUUGAUGAACCUGGAUCUGCAAACAUUGAAAAACUUCGAAACGUUCUCUACGCUUUCCGCUACCACAAUUCUCACGUUGGCUACUGUCAAGGGCUCAAUCGUCUUGCUGCCAUAGCCCUUCUAUAUUUAGAUGAACAAGACGCAUUCUGGUUUUUAGUUGCUUGUGUUGAACACCUUCAACCUGAAGGAUACUAUACAAGUUCAUUGAUCGGAGCAGUCGCUGAUCAGAAAGUUUUGAGGGAUCUUGUAGCUGAGAAACUUCCAAAACUAGCCGCCCAUUUGAGAUCUCUCGAAGUCGACCUGUCGUUAUUCGCUCUUUGCUGGUUUUUGACUUGUUUCGUGGACGUUCUUCCCCAUUCCAUUUAUCUCACUAUAUUCGAUGCAUUCCUUUAUGAAGGCAACAAAGUUCUCUUCCGAUUCGCGCUGGCGCUACUCAAAAUUUGUGAACCCCAUGUCCUCCAGUGUAAAACUAUUGGUGAGAAUUACUUCUUUUUUUCCAUGACCAAAAACUUGCUUACAGGCACAGUACACCAAUGUCUCAGCAAGGCUCAGGAUCAUAUCACGGACUUUAAGUCACUAGCUCAAGUGGCAUUCAAUGAGCUCAAUCCGUUUCCACAGAAAACAAUUGAAUCCAAGAGACAGCAGUAUCUGACGCAGUUGAAAGACACUGGUCACUGCAUGUAA